GCGAAAUCACCAAGAGAAAGCUCGAGCAAAAUCACACUCAGCAACCACAAAGCAACACCCUCCAAAUCCCAAACAAAACUCGCUUGUAGCCCGAAGACUGAAGCUUCUCUGACGAGAUGGCUCCUGAGCUGGCCGGAAAGAUGACCGCCAAGGCCGCGGCGACUCUGAAGCCCGUUACAAGGGCGUACGUGACGUUCCUGGCCGGCGACGGGGACUACUGGAAGGGCGUGGUGGGGCUGGCCAAGGGCCUGCGCAAGGUCGGCUCGGCCUACCCGCUGGUGGUGGCCAUGCUGUCCGACGUGCCCGAGUCCCACCGCCGCAUCCUCAUCUCGCAGGGCUGCAUCCUCCGCGAGAUAGAGCCCGUCUACCCGCCCGAGAACCAGACCCAGUUCGCCAUGGCGUACUACGUCCUCAACUACUCCAAGCUCCGCAUCUGGGAGUUCGUGGAGUACGAGAGGAUGGUUUACCUGGACGCGGACAUCCAGGUGUUCGAGAACAUCGACGAGCUGUUCGAGCUGGAGAAGGGGCACUUCUACGCGGUAAUGGACUGCUUCUGCGAGAAGACGUGGAGCCACACCCCGCAGUAUAAGAUCGGCUACUGCCAGCAGUGCCCGGACAAGGUGGCGUGGCCCACCGCUGAGCUUGGCCCUCCGCCGUCGCUCUACUUCAACGCCGGCAUGUUCGUGCACGAGCCCAGCAUGGACACCGCCAAGGCCCUGCUCGACACCCUCCGCGUGACUACACCCACCUCCUUCGCAGAGCAGGAUUUCCUGAACAUGUUCUUCAGGGAGCAGUACAAGCCGAUCCCGCUCGUGUAUAACCUUGUUCUGGCCAUGCUCUGGAGGCAUCCCGAGAACGUGCAACUCGAGAAGGUCAAGGUCGUGCACUACUGUGCAGCGGGAUCGAAGCCAUGGAGGUACACUGGCAAGGAGGCGAACAUGGACAGGGAGGACAUCAAGAUGUUGGUGAAGAACUGGUGGGACAUCUACCAGGACGAGACCCUCGACUUCAAAGGCCUGCCCGUCGUGCCAGCCGACGCCGACGCCGACGAGGUCGAGGCCGCGGCCAAGAAGCCGCUCCGCGCGGCGCUGGCGGAGGCCCGCACGGUCAAGUACGUCACCGCGCCCUCGGCCGCGUGAUCCUGUCGCGCGCCCCACUCCGGGGGCCUUGCGUGCCGCUCGGGUGGCCGUGCUGGCGUGGUCAUCAAAACAUAUAAAACGAAUCUCCAUAUAAAAGGCCUUAAUUUGCGUUUUAGUUUUUUUAGUUAGGGUGUCUAAUUUGCGAUCAGCUCGUUCCCUGUGAACGAGCUAGUACUGUGAAUAUACCCCCUCGGGUCACAGCUAGAGUAUUUGUCUGCACGAGGGAAUUAUGUGUACUUUGGUUGGUAAAUUAAUAGGAAGCUGCAAAAAUUAUGGUCAUCUUUC